AUGUUAUCAUUAGUUAGACAGACGAUAUCUGCUUCAGGGAGCACCAUGCUCCGUCCAGUUGCGGCUGACGUUGUUCAAAUCAGAGGACGUAAAAGAGCCUUGAAACAAACAAUUACUCGUCAGCAGAAAUUGGAAAGAAGAAUGAAAAGAGAAGAAAAGGAGGCAGCUAGAAAACAAUAUUCGUUUAUGGAAAGAAUCAAUAUUCGGCGAAUGAAAAAUCUAUUGUCUCCUUCUCAACAGUAUCCUGGAAGACUUAACAUUGAUGAUGAAUCCAAUCUUCCAGAGAAACCGACUCUUGACGUCUUUAUAAAGUCUCAUUUCAAAACCCAAUAUUACACCGUUGCUGAAGCACUUGAUAUGCAUCGAGAACUUCAAAGUCCUUCCAUCUACAAUAAUCCGAACGCACCAAUUCGUCUCCGUCUUGAACUGAACAUGACAACAGAAAAGCAAACGAAAAUGAUUACAGGAAGUGAUGAGAUCGUGCCAGUUCCGUUCCCUUUCAAUCACAAUGAGAAACGAACAAUUCUUGCUUUUGCAAACGAUGUGAAGCUUCAAGAACUUGCAGUCGAAUCUGGUGCUGAAAUGGCUCUUGGACAAGACACAAUCAAGAAAAUUAUUAAGGGACAGUUCAGAACUGAUGACUACGAUUUCUGUGUAUCCCACUCUGAUAUGGGAUCCUCGAUUUUGCCUCUUCGUGGAAUUCUCAAAACGAGAUUCCCAACAAGAGCAAACGGAGGACUUGGAGAAAACCUUCCAGAACUCAUCGAGAAAUUCAAAAAUGGAGUAAAAUUGAAUAUCAAUGGUGACCCAGUUUAUCCAAUUUGGGGGCUAAGUGACUGUGUUGUUGGAAGAUUGUCGAUGCCAAAUGAACAGAUUGAAGCCAAUAUUGCUACUGUAAUUGCCGCUGCAUGUUCUCACCGUAAUCCAGCACUCGGUCCCUUCAUCAAUCGGGCACUUCUCAUGACGAUUCCAGGUGAAGAGAACUAUGCAAUUGAUGUGAAACCAUGGUUGCCAGUUCCAACAGAAGAAGAAAUCGAAAAGAUCGAGAAGCGGAAGAACAAAAAGAAGAAGAAGGAUGAAAAGAAAACAGAGGAAACAACUGAUGACGCCACACCCGCAAUGGCGGCUGCUCUUUGA